AUGCCGAGCACCUUGAGAGGACAGAUCUUGAAACUCAUCCACCAAGGUCACCUUGGAACGGAAAAGUGCUUGUUGAAGGCCAAAGAUUCAGUCUUCUGGCCGAAGAUAUCCAGUGAUAUCAAGGAACUGACUGACACGUGUGAGACAUGUCAGCAGUAUGGAAAGAAGCAGAUCAGAGAACCACUACAUCCUCACAAUGUUCCUAGCUACCCAUGGCAGAAAAUCGGCGCAGAUCUAUUCGACUACAAGCAUCACCAAUAUCUGCUGAUAUCGGACUAUUACAGCAAAUUUCCUGUCUGCAGAAAGCUAGAUUCUACAACGGCAACAAUAGUAAUUCAGCACAUGAAGUCUGUGUUCGCUGAAUAUGGGAUUCCUGAAAUCCUUAUUACUGACAAUGGUCCACAGUUCAGUUGUAGGGAGUUCGCAACCUUGUUCACGCAGUGGGGAGUCAAACAUGUGACGAGCUCACCAACGUAUGCACAGAGCAACGGACACAUAGAGCGCAUGGUGCAAACUGUGAAGAACACUCUGAAGAAAGCUGAUGCAUCCGGGGAAGAUCCAUAUCUAGCGAUGCUAUCCUACAGAACGACUCCAGUUGACGGCAAACUUCCAUCUCCAGCGCAGUGUCUGAACAACAGGAAGUAUAGAACACAACUACCUUGCAGCGGAAAACUACAGAGACUACAGUCUGAUGACAACAACGUAGAGCAGCUACAACAUAGACAAGAUCAUAUGAAACAGCAGUACGACAAGAAGUGUGUGGUGAAGAAACAACUUGAACCUGGGCAGGAUGUAUCUGUAUUCCUACCUAAAUCCGGAACAUGGACUCCAGCUACUGUGAAGGAGAAGCUUGAUCAGCCGAGAUCAUACAAGAUCGGCAUGCCUGGAGGCAAUGAACUGAGACGAAAUAGAAUUGACUUAAACCAUUCAGUUUAG